AUGACAAACCCGAUACCAUCCCGAUACCAGUCUGCGUUGUUUUCUGCCUUUGCCGUUUUUGUCGCGGCGAUCGGUGUUGGGAGUAAACAAACAAGCACCACGCACACGAGCAGCAAAGUACAAGCCCCACAGGUUGUGACAGUGAAACUGGGGCGCGCUGUUGGAAACAUAGUUUGUUCCUACGAACUCAUCAUCAGCAAAAAUGCAGCGCUAAUGUGCGACAGUGGUGCUCACGAACAGCGCGUGGAUGGUUGCACUGUCGUCUGCCAUACCGCCGAAGUGACUGUCUUGUGUAAGUUUAUCAUUUUAAAGAACGAAUUGAUGGCUUCUCAUGGUAGGAUAGUACUAAGCUACCAUGACACGCUUCUCCGCGAGUCAGACGUGGAGCUACUGGAUGAACCGCACUGGGUGAACGACAACAUCAUCUGGUUUUGGAUGCAGUACCUUGAGAACGAACUAUACGCGUCGCGCUGUGCUUCCCUCGCCUUCGUAGGUCCCGACGUUGUACAACUUGUCAAGCUGGGUGCAGCGCUCAACGUUGAUCAGGUGCUCAAGUCUCUGGAUCUGAAACAGAAAGAGUUGAUACUGUUGCCAGUCAACGACUGUCAAGAGUUCGACCUGCCUGGCGGGUGUCACUGGAGUCUCCUUGUUUACAAUCAAGCCCGAAAGAUAUUUGAGCACUAUGACUCGUCCAAGGGACACAACCACUCCCACGCUAAGGCAAUUGCUCGAGCUUUAGCGCCUCUUCUAUCGCUACGGGAAGUUCGAGUCGUCGAGUCCGACUGCUUGCAGCAGCAUAAUUCUUUCGACUGCGGUCUCUAUGUUAUGUACAACCUACAACAAGCUUGUGCCGAGCAUAUUGUGCUUCCAGAAGCUGAAGGUAGUCGUAGAACUUUGCUCACAAGUUGGAUGCAACAAAACAGAAAGACACUGAAAGAACUCAUCAUGAAGCUCAGUGAACCGUGCGUGUAAUAAAAAAGCUUCCAGUGG